AUGAAUAUACAACAAUUAAACAGGAUUGGUCAAUAUACAUCGUUUGCUCAUUUGCUUUUACAUAACUUAAUAAUCUCAGACUUCUUAUUUGCAGGUGAUUUGCGUAUCAUUUCGACAACUCAAGAGAAUAAAGGACGUUUGGAAAUUUAUCAUAACGGCGAAUGGGGAACAGUCUGUGACGAUGGUUUCGAGAAUGUUGAUGCAGCGGUGGCCUGUAAACAGCUCGGAUAUUGUUCUGGAGUUGCAGUUGCUCCAUCGGCUGUGCAUCAUGGGGUAGCUACCAUUUGGUUAGAUGAUGUUAAUUGUAAUGGUUCUGAGAGUAAAUUACUAAAUUGUCCAUCCAAUGACGGUAACCACAACUGUCAACACACCGAGGAUAUUGGAAUUCAUUGUUUUCUUAGCUGUUCAACGGAAAAUAAUGGCAAUUUGCGUUUAAUUGGAGGGGCAACUAAUAAUGAAGGGAGGCUUGAGGUUAAUUUCUACGGCGAAUGGGGAACUGUUUGUAAUAUGCAAAACACUGGUUCAGCUUUAGUUGCUUGUCGACAGCUUGGUUACUGUUCUGGAGUUCAAUUGCCAUCAGAAGCUGUUAAUGCAAGUUAUGGUACGGCCUGGUUACAAAACGUAAGAUGUUCAGGUACAGAGGAGGGAUUUGUAAAUUGUUCGUCUGUUUUCAACCCAACAACAUGUGCACAACCAUAUGAUGUUGGUAUAAAUUGCACCCAGACAUGUCUGAACGCAGGUGAUAUAAAUCUUUUUGGAGGUAAAAAUGAAAAUGAAGGACGAUUGGAGAUCUUUUUAAACAAUGCUUGGGGAACUGUUUGUGAUGAUUAUUUUGAAAAUAUUGAUGCAGAAGUAGUCUGUCGACAGCUUGGUUUAUGGGGUGGGAUAGUUAUACCGGCCGCUGCAGUAGAUAAUGGAUAUGACACCAUCUGGCUUGACGAUGUGCAGUGCAAAGGAACAGAAAACAGAUUGACCAACUGUUCCUAUCGUGGUUCGCCUGUUAGUUGUAAUCAUGGUGAAGAUAUCGGAGUCAAGUGUUUCGUUAAUCCACCAACUGAAGACCAAGGGAUAUUACGUUUAGUUGGAGGAUCAAGUGGGAAUAAUGGUCGGUUGGAAAUCAAGUUAUACAAUGAAUGGGGAACAGUUUGCGACGAUUCCUUUGAAAACGUUGAAGCAGCAGUAGCCUGCCGUCAACUUGGAUACUGUUCUGGGCAUGUGUUGAAGUCAACAGUGGUUGAUGAUGGUAAUGGUACAAUUAUGUUAGAUGACGUAGAUUGUUUGGGCAGUGAAGAUAGAUUGCUCAAUUGCUCCUACGAUUCUUACACCGGAGAUUGUGGACAUCAACAUGAUAUUGGUGUCUAUUGUUCCUUUGAAUGUCCAAAAUCAGGCACUUUGCGUCUUCUUGAAGGUUCAAAUAAAAAUGAAGGACGACUCGAGGUGUAUAUCCAAGAUACAUGGGGAACUGUUUGUGUCAAUAAUUUUGACACUAUUGAUGCUACAAUAGCAUGUCAACAACUUGGAUAUUGUUCUGGAAACGCUGUGCUGCCAAAUUUGGUAAAUGACGGAACUGGUACUAUCUGGUUGGCUGGCCUUCUUUGUUCUGGUAUUGAAAGCAGAUUAGUGAACUGUCGACAACUUGAUUCCGUUAUUCAGAACUGCAGAUCAUACCAUGAUGUCGGAGUCAGUUGCUCUUUAAAUUGUCCAUCUGCAGGCAAGUUUUUACAUGAACGUUUAUGA